UUUCCUGGAUGUAACCUACCGGUUUCAGUUCGUUUAUUCUGAAAAAAAUGAACAAUUAGCUGGAAUUUCGAGUUGUGGCAUAUUUAAUUCGCUAAUUAAUAAUUAAUAUUGUUCCAGCGUUCAUUUCUGCGUCUUUGAAAGUACCGAGUUCUGGUGUGUUUCCGUUUUUCCUACCAUUUUGUUGGCGGUUCUUUUCACACGGUUUUGGUGCCUAGAAAAAUAAUGCCACUCGAGUCUUCAACUUAUGCUGUAAAAUAACCACUUCUAUUCAUCUUAUUACCUGUAUUUUGUUACCAAUUUGCAUUAUUCGUAUUCCAUUCGCUACGCUUAAACCGCAAUCAUGACCGAAGAGUAUUUCGAAGAUCGAGACAUGAUGGCUGACGAGGAGCAGUUAUUAGGUGAAGAUGAUGCUUUCGAUGGGGAUAAUAUUCUUAACGGACAAGACGAUCUAGACGCUAAUGAUAUUUUAAAUGGCGCUGACGGUGAACCGAAAUCGGCUGAAGAAUUGGAAACAAUCCGAGCACGUGUUCAAGAAAUGGAAGAAGAAGCCAAUAAAUUGAAAAUGUUACAAACCGAAGUAGAUCACAGGAUGACCACUGGUACUACAUCGACGAGUAAUGUCACCACAGCUACAUCUACCGCCGCUUCAACGAACACGGUUUCAUCAGCUGAUGCCAAAAUAGAAGCAGACAAUCGUUCAAUUUAUGUUGGAAAUGUAGAUUAUGGUGCGACGGCCGAAGAAUUAGAAGCUCAUUUCCACGGCUGCGGGUCCGUGAACAGAGUCACUAUUUUAUGUAAUAAGUUCGACGGUCAUCCCAAAGGCUUCGCUUAUAUCGAGUUUACUGAUAAAGAAUCGGUCACUAUGGCCAUGGCGAUGGACGAAUCGUUAUUCCGUGGUAGACAGAUCAAAGUGAAUCCUAAACGAACCAAUCGUCCUGGUUUAAGUACCACUAAUCGCGGCGGUCCUAUGUAUAGAGCUCGUGGUAUGCGUAGUCGAGGUUAUAGAGGUGCUAAUAGUUACAUGUAUGGAUACAGACCUCGCAGAGGCCGUGCCCCUCGCAGAGCAGCAUUCUUUCCGUAUUAAUUGAAUUUGUAACUCUCCGGUACCCGGUCAUGCGUUUGAAGCGAAUGAACGCAGUACGUCCAUCACCCCUAUCCCUGUUUUUCUAUAUAUCUCGUGUAUAUACAUAUAAUCAUUGCUACAAUUGUAUUAUUUGUUUGUGUGUGUGUAUGUAUGACCACAUAUCUCUUACAGAGAAUUAGAGAAUGUUUUUUCGUUAGCGAAAUGUAUAUCGAUUAAGUUGUCUGGACGUUUUUUCAGAGGUGUGUUCGGUUGUUUAAUUUGCAUCGGUGUGAUAGAAACGUUAUCAUGAUGUAUUUGAGGUACUGCGAUAGUAGAGAUAAUUUGCUAAAGAUUAACUUGCGACGAUUUGCACCGGAGUUCAUUAAAUAGGGUUUAUUUUUACGCUGAAUUUUGUUGUAUAAAUUGCGUUAAGUUUUAAGAGAUUUUUAUUUAUGAUUAAUUGAUUUAUGAAUACGAUGUAAGAAUUACAGUUUGUCUAUUACAACAUUCGAACUUUCUAAA